UCAGGACGCAAUAAUGCUUGUGAAAAAACCUCAUACCUUUUCUUGCGGAAGGAACUACCAGUACGACUUGCCAAUACACUGAAAGAGGUCAACCUGCUGCCUGAAAGUUUACUCCAAAGGCCAUCAGUCAAGCUAGUACGAUCCUGGUACAUGCAAAGUUUUCUUGAACUUUUAGAAUAUGAGAAUAAGAGCCCAGACGAUCCUGAUGUACUUUAUGACUUUUUAAAUGUCCUCAUCCAAGUGAGGAACCGACACAAUGAUGUGGUCCCCACCAUGGCCCAAGGUGUGAUUGAAUACAAAGAGAAGUACGGCUUUGAUCCAUUUGUCAGUAGCAAUAUCCAGUAUUUCCUGGAUAGAUUCUACACAAGCAGAAUUUCUUUCCGUAUGCUCAUUAAUCAGCACACUCUUCUGUUUGGAGGGGACAUUAAUCCUGCCCAUCCCAAGCAUAUAGGCAGCAUUGAUCCGUCCUGCAAUGUACCAGAAGUAGUCAAAGAUGCCUAUGAAACAGCAAAGAUGCUGUGUGAGCAAUACUACUUGUCUGCACCUGAGCUGAAAAUUGAAGAAUUCAAUGCUAAGGCCCCGGGCAGACCUCUGCAGGUGGUCUAUGUGCCCUCUCACCUAUUCCACAUGCUAUUUGAAUUAUUUAAGAAUUCAAUGAGAGCAACAGUGGAGCAGCAUGAAGGCAAGACAGAUAUCCUGCCACCUAUAAAGACCCUGGUCACACUUGGAAUGGAAGAUCUUUCAAUAAAGAUUAGUGACCAGGGUGGAGGUGUGCCUUUGAGAAAAAUAGAUCGGCUGUUCAAUUAUAUGUAUUCUACAGCACCCAGGCCCAGUCUGGAGCCAAGCAGAGCUGCUCCAUUAGCUGGUUUUGGGUAUGGACUGCCUAUAUCUCGACUUUAUGCCCGCUAUUUCCAAGGAGACCUUAAACUCUAUUCCAUGGAAGGAGUUGGCACUGAUGCAGUUAUCUAUUUAAAGGCUGUGUCCGGGGAGUCAUUCGAGAGACUGCCGGUCUUUAACAAGUCAGCAUGGCGACACUACAAAAACGCAGCAGAAGCUGAUGACUGGAGCAAUCCAAGCAGAGAGCCACGGGAUGCUUCCAAGUACAAGGCUAAUUAA